AUGCCGCGCAUUUAUAAACCUGAACCUGGAGGCAAGCGCUAUAAAAGGUAUGACAAAAAUGUUCUUAAGCAAGCGGUAGAAGAUUAUUUAAUGGGUAAUGAUUCGAUAAAAACUGUAGCUAUCAAACACAAUAUACACCCAUCAGUUUUGUAUCGCCACAGCAAAGGACUAGUAAAAUCGCAAGGUGGGCAAAGGGCACUUUCGUUGACAACUGAAGAAUAUAUCAUCAAAUACAUAAACGUUUGCGCAGAAUGGGGCUAUCCACUGGACUCACUAGACUUAAGAUAUAUUGUUAAAAUGUAUCUGGAUAAGCUUGGGAUUACUCAUAAGCGAUUCAAAAAUAAUUUCCCUGGGCCUGAUUUCAUCCAAUGUUUUUUAAAUAGACAUAAAGAUAAAAUUUCUCAACGAAUAUGCCAAAAUAUUAAGAGAUCUCGAGCUGCCGUGUCAGCAGAAACCAUAACAAAAUAUUUUGAAGAACUACAAAUAUCUUUGGCCGAUGUUCCAGCGGCAAAUAUCGUCAAUUAUGACGAGACAAAUCUCGCUGACGAUCCAGGGCGCAGAAAAAUUAUUACGAAACGCGGCACUAAGUAUCCAGAACGUGUCAUGAACCACACAAAGGCCAGUGUUUCCUUAAUGAUAGCUGGGUCAGCAGAGGGCCAGAUUUUACCACCAUACGUGGUAUACAAAGCACAAAAUUUAUAUAAUACAUGGAUUUCUCACGGGCCUAAAGGUGCAAGGUAUAAUCGUUCGGCAUCAGGAUGGUUCGAUGGUACAAUUUUUGAAGAUUGGGUGCAAUCCAUCGUCAUACCCUUCUUUGCUGAUAAGCCGGGAAAAAAGCUGCUAAUAGGUGAUAAUUUAUCUUCACACUUGUCGGUCGAUAUGAUAAAACUUUGCAAAGAACAGCAAAUUGAUUUUGUAUUUUUACCAAGUAAUUCAACACACAUAACUCAACCUCUCGAUGUAGCCUUUUUUAGGCCCAUGAAGGCAGCUUGGCGGCAAAUACUUCUUAAGUGGAAAAAGACAGAUGGCAGCAAUGAGACAAGUGUGCCAAAAGGUUGCUUCCCUAAAUUACUGAAGAAAUUAAUGGAGGCAAUACAAGAAAAUGCUGAGUCUAAUUUAAAAGCUGGUUUUAAAAAAACUGGUAUCUAUCCUUUAGACCCUACACAAGUGCUAUCUCGAAUACCAACACAAUCGAACAAUAGCAGUAGACAUAGGGAAGCAGUGGAUGAGUCUGUACUAACUUUACUAAAUGACAUGCGAUAUGGUACUAUGGGCGUAAAAGAAUUAAAAAGAAAGCGAAAACUCGACGUGGUGGCAGGAAAGAGUGUUAGCGAAUCUACUGAGGAUUAUGUUGACUCCGAAGUAACACCGGGUCCGAGUACAUCAAAACCACAAAGAAAAAUAAAAAAGCCAGAUAAUUCAGUGGAAAAAGAAAAUCUAUUGCCUAAAGAAACAACAAACUUAAACAAAAGUAUUAAAGGAAAAGGGAUCGGUAAAAAGACAAAAAGGAAGGCAAGCAUGUUGAUGGAGGAAAAUAUGGGCACAGGCAAUGCAUUUACAGACAAACGAAAUGAUAUUAUAGACCUCAAUGACAGUGUUUUAGAUAUGCCUGUAUAUUUUGAAAAUGACUUGGAAUGUGGAGGAGAACUAACUAUUGAAAACUGUCCACUAAGUGAUAUAAUAAUAAUAAACUCUACAGCAGAAGCUGAAAAUACAGAAACCGGUCUAAACAACGUCAGUCAGUCUGAUCAUGCUGGUGAAUCAAACUGUUCGUUAGGAAAUAACGAAGAAGAAUAUUCUGUGGCAGAAGUUAUAACUGAAACUUUACCGAAGAUGAAAAGAGAAAAAAUAAAGAUAAUAGAAAAUAAAAACUUUUUAGAAACUCGCAAGAAUAUUACGUAUGAUCAAAAGUACAAAAAUGUUUCCCCUGAAGCGCCUUUAAUAAUUUUAAAGAAGACUGCAAGACCGAGCAAAUAUUAUAAAGACGAUGAGGCUAUACUAAGAGACUUACUAGAUGAUAAUAUUUAA